UCGCCGCCCGGCGGCGCCAGGAGGGAGUUUCUCCUCAGCAGGGGCAGGUGGGGCCGUUCUGCCGCCUGCCCCGCCUCACCGCAGCGAGGGAGCGCGGACACCCGGCCCGGAGCGCCGUCGCUUCCCGCUUCAGGGGCUGCCCCUUGCCGGGCGCUGCUGCGAGCAACAGGUCCGUGCUUUUUCCUCCCUCCGCCAGUGCGGGAGUGUGUCAGGCGAACAAAGGGGCUGAGCGCGGCCCCGCGUCCCCUCCACGCAGCGGCCGCCCGGCCCCUGUGCUUCAGCCAUUUGCGUCGCCUGGCAUCGCACCGCUGCUUCCCCAGCACCGCUUCUCCUUCCCAGCUUCCCCUACCAGCUCCGACUCCAACCGCCGCUGCGCUGCAGGCAGCGAGGCGGCGUGGAGGGAGCUUCCCCAGAGCGACGUGGGGCUCGCCGGCCGUCACCCAGAGGGAGAAUGCGUAUGCGGAGCAGUGAUACGAAGAAACCUUCACAAAGGUCAUGUAAAGAAAAACUUGGCUAGUGGGGAAUCUCCUUCCAGAGCAGAUUGCAGCCACUACCUUCCACUGAAGUAGUUGCACAAGGUGAUGGCCGCCCCGCUGCGGCCCGGAGCCCUCCUCACGGGCGCGGCUCGGCGCCGCCACAGCUAGCGCGCAUUCAUGGAGGGCAGCAGUGCCGCGGAGGAAGAGGAGAGCGGGGCCGGGCCCGGCGCCCCGCCGCCGCCACCGCCUCCCACCCCGGCCGCCCCCUGCGGCUUCAGCUCCUCCCUCUGCUUCAGCGCCACCGCAGCCGAGCCGCAGCCGCCUGCUGCUGGGGGCCGGGUGGUGGAGAGCCAGUGGGAGAUCAACAACGCCGCCUGCCAGCCGGAGGAGGAGGAAGAGGCGGUAGGGACGCUAGACCGUCCGGCGGAGGAGCCCGAUCUGGUCAUCGAGGUUUCGGGGCGUCGCAUCCGGGCGCACAAGUCGGUGCUGGCGGCCAAGAGUGACUACUUUCGUGCCCGCGCCUCACGGGACGUCCUGCGUGUGAAGGGAGUGAGCUACGGGGCACUACGGCUCCUCAUCGACUAUGUGUACACGGCCCGCAUGGGCGAGGUGCGGCACGACAACCUGGCCGAGGUGGUGAGCGGCGCCCGCGUCCUCCAGAUGCCCUGUGCCCUGCACUGUGCCGCCGAGGCCAUGCGUGCCCAGCUCCGCCUCAGCAACUGCUACCAGCUCCUCUGCCUGGCCAAGAAGCAGCGGCUGGCGGAACUGCGGGAAGCUGCCUACCGCUUCAUGAGCGAUCACUACCUGGAGGUGCUGCGGGAGCCCAGUGUCUACGGCCGUCUCAGUGGCACUGAGCGGGACCUUAUCCUGCAGCGGCGCAUGGAAGCCGGCCGGCCCUGCUUGUUGGUGGCCGAGGUCAGCGAUGCUUUUGAGCGGCCAGGUGGUAGCAGCCGGCCACAGAGCCGGGAGAGCAGCCGGCCACAGAGCCCCUCCUCCGUGGUGUCACUGGAGGAGAGUGGCUCCCUCAUCCACUGCUACCAGGAGGCCAGUGGUGAGUGGAGGGUGCUGACGCGCCUGCCUGAGGAGGCCAAUGCUAAAGGCUGUGCCAUGUGUGUCCUCCACAACUACCUCUUCCUAGCUGGGGGCAUCAUGGUGGGGCCAGCAGGUGGUGAGUCCCGGGCCCGCCUUUCUGACAAGGUCUUCUGCUACAACCCCCUGACUGAUACCUGGAGCCAGGUGCGGCCACUGGCUCAGCCCCGCUCGCAGCUCAAGCUGCUGGCCCUGGACGGUUACCUCUAUGCUGUGGGGGGUGAGUGCCUCUUCACUGUGGAGAGGUAUGACCCACGGGCAGACCGCUGGAGCCCUGUGGCACCCCUGCCCAAGGGUGCCUUUGCCGUAGCUCAUGAGGCCACCACCUGCAACGGGGAGAUCUAUGUAUCAGGAGGCUCCCUCUUCUACCGCCUGCUCAAGUAUGACCCCAAACGUGAUGAGUGGCAGGAGUGCCCUUACAACAGCAGCCGCCGGCGCUCUGCUGACAUGGUGGCCUUCAAGAGUUUCAUCUAUCGCUUCGAUGUGAGCAGUGGCCGUGGUGGGGAGCAGGGCCCAGGUGGUGGGAGUGGCGGUGGUGUUGAAGUUUUCCGGUACAAUACAGUGGCCAAGCGCUGGAGACAGUGUGCCAGCCUGCGGCCCAGUGGUGGCCCCAUCCAGCCCUUCCGCUGUGCCCCCUUGGGCAACACCAUCUACUGUGUCAACCGGACCGGCACCCUCCGCUUCAACCUAGCCCAGGAUGGUGAGGUGGAAGCAGAUGGUGGGCUCAAGGGCACCUUUGAUGGAGAGCUUCUUAAAGCUCCGUUGGAUGCCAAGGGUGUCCUCCUACCCUUUGUGCUCACUCUCCCCGAGAGGCUGGACAAAACAGGGGACCAGGAGGGCUCCCUCCCACUGUGAGGUGGCCAGCCUGGUUCUGGCUUCCCAAGUGGGGAGCGGGAUUGCAGCUGUGGGGGAGUACAAACUCCCCCCUGCAGAGGGGACCCUCUCUGCCAUGUUGCAGAGAGAGGGGACUCCCCCUUUUCUCCUCUCUGCUCCCAAGAUGUUGAACUGGAGCUACUUGGUUGUAACACAUCUGGUAUUUGCUGUGCUUUGUGUGAAAAGCCAAGCACAUGAAAGGAAAAGCUGCUAUAAAAAGGAUGACCUCUGGGUUAUGUUUGUGCCAAUUCCCAAUUCCCAAUCUGAGAAAAAAAAACAAACCAACUUCUUUACACCUGGAUUUCUGAAAGAUUCCUGACAACAGUGUCAUAAUGGGAUGUUACUGAUAAUAUUGGUUGCGUGUUUACACGUAAUUGCAGUCUGGGCUGGAGCUUUUUCUGCCAUUUGUUUUCCUUCUUUCUGGGAUUAUAGGGAGGGAUAAACACAGCAUAGUUUAGCUGCAUUUGUUUUUAGGUUAAACCAACUAUUUCCUGUGCUAGAAAAGUAUAGGAAGAACAUCUCCAUCACAGCCUUUCAUUUCUGGUGCAAUAGAAGCUUUAAGGAAGACGUGGCACUGUGUGGUCCCAGGAAUUUCAACCACAAAAUGAUUUAACAGAUACCAGACUUAAAGUUUUAAGUAACACAAAUGUGUGCCACAUGUUUAUAUUUGGAAUAAACAAAAAUAAACAGAAAAAGGCAAGUUACCUUUUUAAAAUGUGGCAUAUCAGAUAUGAAAUGUUGAUAUGUUCUUUAUUUGAAACAGGCAAUGGUUUCUGUAUAGAAAGUCAUAAUUUUAUUACCUUUUUUAUCAGAGAUUUUAAAUUAUAACAGAAAAGAACUGAAGCUGUUCAGACUGCAACUGAUUGACAUGGCCAUGUAUGCCAUUAGAACAUUUGUACUUCAAGCUGCUCUUUAAUUAACUGCAGGUCAAGGAAGAUUAACCUAAACCAAAUGUAAAUUCUUUGAAACUGACUGCAGACGGCUUAAAUAUCUCACUGUGUGUUAAGUAUCCUGUGUCAAGAGGCUUUUCCAACUUACUGCAAGACCAUCAGAGAAGGACAUGGAAAACAGGAAUGUGCUACACAUGUUGAUUGUAUUGUGCACUAGCAUGAUGCUAUUUCCCUAUCUUUUGGUUAAGAGACUGCUUUAUUUAUUUCACUCCAAUGAUUGCUGUAAUCAGUAACUCAUUAAUUACAGUAUGUGCUGACAGCAUAUGCUGUCAUUGAGAUUCUGAACCACCCAAGAGCACUGUUUGUGGAGUACCAUCCUAAUGAGAUGAAACCAUACAAAGCUUCUUGCUGUCUGUGGGAAGUGGGGGUGUACUUUUUGUCAUGUUACUCAGAACUGAAAAAGUGUAAACCAUGUAAACCGUCUACACAGACAGACUAUAUUGAAAAGGGCACAUGGAUUUAUUUUAUACAUUUUAUAUAAGAAAAAAAUCCAUAGGAAAGGCAAAUGUUUUAUCUUUAUGGUAAAUCACUGAGAAACCUUUUCUGAAAAAAAAAAAAAAUCAAUGUUUUUGCUGGUAUAUUGCUGUAUAUUCAGCCUGGAACUGGCACGCACUGUGGAAGGGAAUUGUUUAUAUUUAAAGCUGUAGCAUAGAUUCAUAUUUUAGAAUGACAUAGGGACCUUACAUCAAAAAAAGCAGUUCUUUUUAUGUUUUAUGACAAUGUUUCUGUUAAACAGGACAUUAGUGUUCCUUUACAUUACUGCUAGUUCCAAAUGAAGGCAGCAGGCUCUGUCCUAAGAGACACCAUCAUCACAAAAAAGAAUAGUGGAGUUUACAGGUACUUCCUUCCUUCACUUUCAUGUGUUUUUUUUUUUUUAAUUUUCUUCUUUUCCUCUGUCUUGCAUGGGAGUUUAAUGCAGCUGAGCUGGUUAGCCAUCCUGUAGAAAACAGUGGUCUACUCCUAAAAGUUCUUAGCCAAGCAAACCUAUUCCCUAGUGGGCUACCUAAAGCAUCAGCUACGUAAGAGCUAUAGGCCUGAAGAGUAUGAUGCUUAACUUAGCCUCAGUACAGGUUGGUGCAGCGGAAUUUAAUACCAUUCACUGAAUGAUGGACUUAAUUCGCAGACAAAAAAAUCUUGGAAAUAUUGACUCUAAAUUAAAUUACAGCAUUGUAGCUUGAGCAGGAGAGAGAAUCUGUGUUUGCCUUCAAUAUGUUAACUGUGGAAAGUAUUUCAAGCUGUGUAGUGAAACACUUGUGUAUGUCUUCAGUUUAACUAUGCGCCUACUAGUCCAGAUUUUGAAUUAGCAGAGUCACCAGGAACACACAAGGAAAUGUCUAUCUUUCAACGUAAUACAAUUUCAUAGUUCAAAAUACUACGUAGUAUAUAGUUCUUAUACUACAACAUAGUGAUGAAUCAAGCCAGCUGUUGCAUUCCUAUUAAGCAUUUAUUAAAAUGAGUUUUGGGAAGUCACCAUGAUUUAAACUGCAAAAAGUAUGUCACAGAACUAUAGAACCAUAGAAUGGUUUGGGUUGGAAGAGACCUUAAAACUCAUCU